UCGACCAAUGCCAUUGGUUGUCGUUACGUUUAUUGUUUAACGCAGCGAUCCGUUUCCAGAGUGCUAUCGAUACUAUUCAUAUCAUUGACGAUGAAUGCGACCGCUACAUUUUAAGAGGAUAACGACUAAUCCAUUUCCCUCGAUCGUCGUGUAGCUUUUGCUGUACUUUUUCGUAAACGAGACAUCUGUUCGAAAUGAAAUAGAUAUUUACUUAUUCAGCCCCUCGCGCUUUGAAGACAAAAGAAGGAACAAGAAGGAACGACGAAUGAAGUGAGUCUGAGAGUUGAGAAAUAUUCAAGGAAUUCAUAGACAUAUCGAAACAUAUCUACGCUUCGACGGGAGGAAACGGAAAGCGAUAAAAUUGUGGAAUGGUCGAACGAAGGGAAGGGGAAAUGUAGGAGGUGCAAUUAACAAUAAGAGGCGGACAGACUGUUGUUCUUUGCGGGGUACAGACAGUACAGUUCAUUCUCAACAACUCCAGCUGGUUAUUUACGACUACCUGCGAGUCGCGAGGUACGAGCGUGCAAAUGUUAGACGAUUCGUGACGGCGGGAGGUGAGGAGUGGAAAUGUGACCGGGCGCAGCCUUUUGGUGGAGUUUGAAUUCUCUCAGCGAAUCGCGUCCGACCGCGCGAAUCGUGCACGAUGGAGAAUCAGCAGGUGAGAGCGCUGUACGAUUUCACGGGCGAGUCAGGAACGGCGGAGCUGUCAAUCAUUGCCGGUGAACUUUUGACUGUCAUACGAGACAAUGUGGGAGAUGGCUGGUGUGAGGGAUUUAAUCAGAGUGGUCAAUCGGGACUAUUCCCAGCUGCAUAUGUCCAAGUGGUACAAGUUGAACAAGCUGCACCUUCCAAUACUAUGACAUCGUCCCAACAAAGUUCAGGAGAUUAUUGGGAUGAUGACUGGGAUGACGAUUCUGAAGUCGGACAAACGCAGGCUUAUGUUCCUCCUACGCAACAACAACAGCAACAACCACAGAUAUCACUGUCGCAACAGAAUAAUGCCAAUGAUUAUGGAGAUCCAAUGUCCAUGCAUACUAUACAUUCUGUGAUACCAGAGAGACCUAUACCAAAGAAAAACAAUAAGUUUUCUACAUUAAUCAAGUCGGGAGAAGAUAGUUUUCUGCUGGGCGUCAAAGUGGUAACUGUGCCUGACAGCGAAAAAAUCUUUAUAGAAGAAGGAGAGGGUAAUCGGUGCACAUGGUUACCGACUGGGGAAUCCUACAGUUGCGUUGUUACAUCACCCAAAAAGGAAUCCAAACUGAAGGGUCUCAAGAGUUUCAUCGUCUACCAGUUAACUCCUACGUUUAAUAAUAUACAAGUUUCAAGGAGGUACAAGCAUUUCGAUUGGUUGCACGAACGCCUAGAAGAGAAGUAUUGCUUUAUUCCAAUACCGCCUCUGCCUGAUAAGCAGAUAUCAGGACGUUACGAGGACGCGUUUAUUGAGCACCGACGUACGCAAUUACAGGAAUUUGUCGAUUAUGUCUGUCGACAUCCCGUGUUGUCGCGUAGUCGUGUCUGGGAACAUUUUAUCACCUGCACGGACGAGAAACGAUGGAAGGCAGGAAAACGACAGGCAGAGAAGGAUGAGUUAUUAGGCGUGAAUUAUUUCAAUGCUAUUCAGUGUCCAGACACACCACUGGACAUUAUAAAGAUGGAGCUCCAAACAGAUGCCUUUAAUAGAUUUAUCAGUGGUUUGGAUCCAGUGGUGAAGAACUUUAUGGCUAUGGCGGUUGAUCAAGCGAAGAAACAUCAAGUAUUGUAUAAGAGAGAGUUUCAAAAGAUCAGUCAAUCAUUCACAUCACUCAGCCACGCUCUGGAGGCGGAUGACAACGGUCGCGGUAAACUGACACGUGCAUUGAAGGCGACUGGUGACGCUUACAACGAUAUCGGCAAGUUGUACGAGGAACAGCCAAAGUUCGAUUGGGAACCGUUAUCUGAUAAGUUUCAUAUUUAUCGCGGUAUUAUUAGCAAUUUUCCCGAUGUCACCAGCAUUCAUAAGAGCGCUAUGCAAAAACGAAGGGAUUGCGAGCGACUGGUCAGCGAGCAUAAAAUGGAGCCACAGCAAUUACGUGAUCUUUCCCAUCGAACUGAUGUGAUAGCUCGUGCUCUAAUCGCCGAGGAGAUUCAUUUUCAGACGGAACGGGAAGUGCAUGUAAAUAAGGCCGUAAGGACGCAUCUAACGGAACAAAUCGCCUUCUAUCAAAAGAUAGUCAAUAAAUUACGGGAGGCGUUAAGUACAUUCGAUGAAUGAUACUCAUAAUUGCCACGAAUCUGCCUAAGUAACAUAAUCCUGCCGCUUUAAGGCCGACAUCAGUGCUAGCAAAAAGAUAUCCCAAUUAUAACGAGAAAAUGCAUACAAUUUCAAUGAAAUAUGUACAUAUAUAUUAGGCCAUAUUAUUUGAAUCAGAACAGUCAGAAUUGAACAAUUAAACUGGACAAUAAUUAAUAUCAAAAAACAGCUGUGCAUAGCCGCCAAGUAUUUAUGAAGCGAUUAAGAAAUCGUUAAAAUUCGA